AUGGCCACGGCCGCAGCAGCAACAACAACAACAGCAGCGGCAGCAGCACAAGGAGGUGGUUUCGAAGCUGCGGGCCAUGCCCCAACUCUGGAUUCCACAUUGUCGUCUUCUGCUUCGGUAUCCGCAUCCGCGUCCGCGCCCGCAUCUUUUUCAUCCUCAUUCUCCUCGCAGAGCGCCGUCGCAUUCCAUACCACCUCCGUCCCUGCGACAUCUUCAGCAAAUCCGCACUCCUCACCCUACCACGCCCAUCGACUAAGCCACAACUCAUCCAAACUUCCCACCUUUCGACUCGCCGACUUGCACCAGCAGCACCCAUCCCUACGCCUAGUGCUCCCCUCACUGUUGCAGCACAACCCGCCCUCGCCCAUCUCGCCUAAACCCCAACACGCCACCAACCAAAACCACUCUGCUGCCACCGUCGCUGACUCUGAUUUUGGCGUUGGCAUUACCACCGCUACCGACACCGCCUCUCCCACCGCCCUGCCAACAACGUCAGACUUGCAGGAACACCAGCAACCACAACAUAACAACGCCGAAUCCGACACUAACUGCCCACAACAACAAGACACUCCGUCGACUUCACUCCGACCGACCCACAACGGCCGCUCUUCCCGCCAACUUCCCCAACCCCUCUCGCCUCGCAAUCCGAGCCCCAUCCGCGAGUUGCCCGAGUCGCCUCACAAACUCGGUCCGCGAUCCAGAGCGUCGACUGCUUCCCAGCCGACCCCUGCCAACACGGUCAUCUCACCCCGGCGAACCGCCUCUUAUCCCGUCAUCGUGCUGUCCUUUCCACCCCACGGCGACGUAUCAGAGUCCAAAGCGUCGGCCCUUCCCACUGGAUUGCAAACUCGACGAGCCGCUGCAUCUCGGUCCCGCGAGUCAAAUGCGACUGGCCUCAAGUCACCCCUUGUAGUGACUAAUCCCACGCAUUCCUUUGACACGGCCGACAGCAGUCCUCGAUCCCCGGCCGAUAGUACGACAAAGGACUGGGCCCAGGGACAGCGUGAACUGCUGCUGCCAAAAACCUUGCAAAACUCGAGUCCGACAGAUGAGAAACGAAGAUCAGGAACGUCGCGACCGCCUGUUUCCUUCAAAGCCACUACCGCAAGCACCCCGACCACCUCGGUGCGCGUCGCCCCCAUCCGCUCUUUUCGAUCAUCCGGCUCUCGUCGAAGUCUGGGACUCGACAGCAGUACCUCUACGAUGCGGUCUUUCGACUUUGGUGAUGAAUCCACCGACUCAAACCAACGCGACCGCACCUUGCGCGCACUCGAAGGCAGACGUGACGACGAUUAUUCGCAAAUGACACCGCCGUUGUCGGCCGAAGCCGACGACACCACCGGUGACGUCUUUAUGAAGAUCGCUAGACAAGAGCCAACCCGUCGUGGCUCUGGCGAUGUUGCGCCGGCGGAACAGCCAAGUACCGUAGGUUUUGCCAUGGACGAUCGUGAGCUGACUGAAGAUGACCAGCAGAGCCGUGUUGCGAGAUCUUUCCACCGCCGCCCACUAUCCGCCGCCGUCCCCUUUUCAUAUCACCAUCCCGUCUCGCCUCCCCAUCUCAGUCGUCGCCUUUCCGACCAGCAGGAGACCUCGAAAAAGCGUGUGCGACAAUCCGAGGACGAGGGUGCCGCCGAUCCAACGACACGCGCGUUGGCAUACCGAUCGCCCCUGACUCGAGAUCGCCCAGCAUCUAACCAUCCUGCCGAGGACCUCGGACGUGCAAAAACCUUCCACUCUGCCAGUCAGUCGGCCAGUCGUUCGACCGUCAGCACGCCCCGAUCCUUCACCUUCCAAGAUCCGAUGGGCGAGAACUCGCCAUAUGCGCGGCGGCGGCCCUCGCUGACCGACAACAACGCUGGCCUCGCCGCCCGAAGUUCGGCAUAUAGACAAUCGAACCUCUCAUACGGCCAAACACGCACAUAUAACUCCUCACCGCUGGUCCCUAAGUCGACGGAAUCCCCGCGCACUGAAGCGCAGCAUGAUACUAAUCACGGGGUCGAGGGCACAGAGUCGACAGCAACGGCCUCAACGAACGCACCUUCGACUGUGUGGGACGAAUUGGACGAUCUCAAGUCGCGAAUCCACCGGCUAGAACUGACCGGCAAGCUGCCUGCAACCUCGGGCGCCGCAAUGUCUCGAGCCUCGGAUGAACGCCCGCCAACCGCCACCAAUACCACCAUGUCCACUUCACCGAAACGAACCUCUGGCAGCAACCAUCCUUACCAGGAUGCUGUCAGCACCACAUCUUCGCAGCGCGAAACCCAACAGCCCAUCCUGCUCUCUGCCGUCAGCAAAUCCAAGCCCUUCCUUAGCGACGAAGUAGCCCGGGCGCUUGAGGCGGCCGCCAAAGACGCUCUGGCACUCGCCAAUAUGAUGGGUACGGCAGGUCAGCCGGGUCCCAUUUCGAGCGGCGCAAGCACCAUUGGUAUGGGCACGAACCUGACCGAUCGCCAGUUGCGACGCAAGGCCGAUAGCAUCUGUCGGAGUCUGACUGAGCUGGUUCUGGCACUGAGCGAGGAAGCGGCAGGAAACAGGACUAUUCAAGUCAACGUGCCCACCCCCAAGGAGACAACAACUCCUUCUACCCCGACGGUCACCAAGACGCUUACCGGCGGAGCUGCUCAACGACGCCAUAGCCUGACAAUGGAACAGCAAGCACUGCCCAAGCCAAACGCCAACGCAGUCACCAGCCCCAGGGCCCUGUCCAAAUAUGAGGAGAGGCGCAGCACCAUGUUGGGCUCGAGCUCGCUGCCUAGCCCCAGAUAUGCUCUACCGCCCGGGACAAUACCGAAUACCCCCGGAGACGGCAAUAAGGCGGCCCAGCGGAAGUCGUCUUUGUUUAUCGGCCGGCCUCGUCGUGCGGUUACCGAGGAGCCCGAAGAUGGCCGGAGGUCUUCGAUGCUCUUGAGAACUCGGCGAGCAGGCACCGAGGAGCCGGAGGAUUCGCGCGAGAGUGGUCGUCAAACCUCGUUGCUCCGGUCACGCCGGCUCACUGCUGGUGAGGACGCAGACGACGAAUCCCGACUCCGUGCACCCUCACGAGCUGCGACGGAGCUCACCACACCAAUUCGCGCCGUCUCCCAUACUUACCACGCCCAGACUGCUUCAAACGAAGCGUCAUCACCUACUUCUUCCGCCCUCCCUCGCAGACGGCUUGGGGUAUCGUCCCUCACGUCGCGCCUUGUCGCGCCAUCUACGCCGUCGCUGGCAACACGCCGGUAUUUCGAGCGCACCCCCGAACGCGAACAGUUCUCCUCUUCCGAAAAGCCUACCGAAGACCGGCCGCAACAGGCCGUGGUGCAGCCUCGGAACUUCUCCUUCAACCACACGUCGCUGCUGAACCGGGCAAGCAGCAUUGGCCGCAGACCCAACCGCGACAGCACGAUAACGAACACAUCGACAGCUGCCCAGUCAGGCAGCUACCGAUAA